AUGUCAGUCAGAAGUCGCAAGCCCGCCGCCACCCAGCCGGAACUCGAUGACCAGAACCAGCAGUCGCCAACCCAUGUUACAAGCAGCGCAGAGGUAGCGGCGCAAUUGCCAGCAGAUAAAACCAACAAGGAGCCUCCUCCCGAGAAGCCCGCCGACGCCAGGCGCCGCACUUAUGUCAUUUUGUCAUUUUGGGCAUUGAUACUGUCACUUGGCUUGCCUAUAUGGUGGCAUACAACCUCUGUGUACCGGGCGAGCCUGCCCCUGGAUGAGAUGAUGGACUGGGCAGACGGGAGGGCCUGUCGUCCGACGUUCCCGCUGACGAUUGCCAUCGAGAAAGGCACCAUGCGACAAGAUGAAACCGACGUUUUGAUUCAAAUGACACAGAUGGUCCUCGACAACCUCUCGGACUCUCCAGAUUCUACUGAUCGGCAACUUCGCCUCACGGUCGCCAAUGAAACUGCAAUCGACGAUGAACGUAUUGCUCUUACGGUUCGACUAAAUCCUGGAGAUACCACGACUACGGCGCUGCAGCCAGAACAGCCCAUCCUCCAAGUCACCUACGCCGCAAACACACUUCCCUCACCCGGCCUGGCCUCCAGGAUCGCCAAAGACAUCCAUGCUGUCUUCUCGGAGGAGCAAGCUGUUAUUUCGGCCCUAGUAGCGGAAGCCUCGGGCUCCACGAAACCAUCUCUUAGCGGAGUGAGCCCGGCCGUGGCUGCGGCGGUGGCUAAGCGCUCAACCCGGUCACUAAAGUAUGCGCCCACGUACCACCUUACAUUUUCCCUCUUUACCGCCGGCGCAUCUCCGAGCAGCUGGGAUAUCGACGUGGCUGUUGAGCAGUACAUGCGACCGGUUCUUGAUGUCCUCUCGCCCGUACACAACUUUACCAUCGACACGCAGGUACAGCUCUACGCCGCGCCGGGCGUACAGUCGGAUGUGCUAAGCAAGGAAGACUUGUCUUCGUUUAUAAAUGCCGCCGAGUGGCCUUUGUCCCCAUCCAUUGGCGGCGCACCAACUAUCAACUUUGUGGUCUUUGUCGGCAACCAGAGCAUAUCUCUUCCGACCAGCGAGGCCGGGUCUGAUGCGACUGCGACAGCCCGGUCCUGGCUGAUCCCACAGUGGGGCACGGUAUACCUGGUCCCUCACACCGCGGAGACCGCAAACAAGGUUCCGGUUCAAUCUCUCCGGACUCCCAUGGCAACUUUCACUGCGCACCUGCUCUCCUUGCUCGGUACACCAGAAACCUCGGGCUCGUUACCCCUCCGCUUGGCUGGUCUGCGCCGCAUCCGGUCCGCCGACCUUGUCUUGCGAGCAUCCUCAUCUCUGGGCUCCCUGGCCCGCCUGUCACGGGCUCUCCCUGGAAUCGCCAUCCCGCGUUCCGUCGCCGAAGGUGUGUCUACCACACUGAAGCAUCUCAGACAGGCUUGCGAUGCGCUUGGCACCAGCGCAGGUCUUGCCCACGCGCGGAUCGCCCAGGUCGCGGCCGACAAGGCGUUUUUCGAGAAGAGCAUGGUCGGCCAACUUUACUUCCCGGACGAGCACAAGAUCGCUGUGUACCUACCCCUGUUGGGGCCAGUGGGCGUUCCUCUGGUCAUGGGGCUAUUGAACGAACUGAAGGCCUGGAGGAAGCGAAGGCAGGAAAAGGCUGCAGCGGGAAAGACGGGGAAGAAAACAGAGUAA